GAGAGAGAGAGACACGAGGCUGUUGAAAGGAAAUCUCCAUUGGCCUUUUCCUGUUCCGCUUUUGUUUGGUGCUAUCUUGCCAUUCCGUGUUAUUCAAAGCACACAAAGAGGUACAAAGCUGCCCGUGGCUGCUUCAGCCCCGUCCCUCCUCCCCUUCAUCCUCCUUCUCUCUCCACCAUAUUAUAAGUCAUUUAAACCGGAUUUUGGCAGAGUGCAGCUGAGGCAGGUGGAAGUGGAAUGUUCACAAGCCCCUGACCAUUCUUCGCUCUCAGGAAAUUAGCCGUCCAUUGUGCCUUUGCUCUGGCAGCUUGGUUGAACUCGGUGCCACAUAAAGGCCAAUAUCUUAUCAAAAUUGCAGCACAGCAGUUCAGCAGCCCUGUCAUGUUGUCUCUUUAUCACGCAUUUUCACCCUCUCAUUGUCUCUCGCUUCCUCUCGGUAGUCUCUGAAAUCUACUCUACAAAGUCAAAAGACGUCAAAGUCUAAGGCAUUUAUUUCUCCGUUGCGGCACAACACUUGACUUAAGUGAGAGCUGUUAGUGAGAAUGUCGACCAGUCAGUGAGUGUUGUAAGUGUAUUCCAAUGAUAAUGGAGAAAGGCAUUUAGUAUUGAUUUUUACAGUAAAGCAGAUACUUCACAGCCAGUUGAUUCUUUUUGGUUUUACUCACUGAAUAGUUCUGCUGCUGCACAAGUGGGUCAAUCCAUUAGCUGAACCACAGAGCCUUACUAAAGCUUGUGAUGGUUUCACAUUUAAUUCUACUGGAGUGUGUACUAAUGCCCACAAGCAUUUAAAACAAAUAUAAAUGAAUUAAUAAAAGCCAAGUUGUGUUUUUUCUUGAAGUUUUCACAAUUUUGAACUACUUGCUCCUGUUUUAACUGCGCAAUCUGAGUGCCAGUGGCUGUAUUUCUUCAGAGCAUGCUCAUUACAUUUACAAUGACAUGUGACCUUUUCCUCUGGUAAAUGUAACACAGACCACAGGGGGGAGCAGGGAAAACAGGAUCACACAUUGUGCACCAGUGAGACACUGAGGGAAAUGAAAAGAAAGUGCCAGUAUUGUUUUUCUUUCUCUAGCUUUGGGAUUUAUCCGCAGCCAAAAUACGCACUUGCUAAAGGACAGAGAAAACACUCACAACUAUCACCGCCACACAUGUAUGCACGUGUGCACACAAACACAAGGCGACACACACUCACACUCCUCCACCCUUUCCCCACAUCCUGAGGGGAGAGGUCAGGUUGGGUGCUGUGUGGGGCAGUAGGCCUGUUUUUCCUCUUGGCUGGCACCCUGCCCACGUCAACAGUCCCACUCUUCAAAAGCCACUAACGCAGAGCCGAGCGCUGACAGUGUUGUGACAAUGAGUUACUAUCUGCCAGCAAUGGCCCCUGUCCGACUGUCGGUCCCACUGAAAAACAGAUCUGUGGCAAGAGCAAAGGUUAAUCUAGCAGUGAGGCUCCACUGGCGACUGCCUCCUCGGCCAUGUGUGACUGAGAAUAGGCUGGGAAGAAUUAACACUACUGCCUCGGGGAGUGUUGACAGAGGUGUGUGUGUAAGCAUGUCUGUCUCUGUCUGAGCUUCUGUAUGUGUGUGUGUGUGUGUCUGUUGAUGAUGAGGAGAGAGGAAGGGGCAGAUGCAAAGUUUGAGAAGGAGGUUUUGUGUUCACAAUCCAUUAUCUUCUGGGAGGAAUCAUGCUGGAUAAAGGUUGCUUCAUGCCAUUUCUGAGAUGUAAGACAAAUAUCAGCAGACACAUCAGUAAACCCUGCGAGACCGUGAUGGACACUCGGGUGGCCACAGCUGAACUGGGCUGGACAGCAUAUCCUAAUUCUGGGUGGGAGGAGGUGAGUGGCUAUGAUGAAAACCUCAACACUAUCAGGACCUACCAGGUGUGUAAUGUCUUCCAGUCCAGUCAAAACAACUGGCUCCUCACCACCUUCAUUGAUCGGCGUGGAGCACAGCGCAUCUAUGUGGAGAUUCGAUUCACUGUGCGCGACUGCAGCUCCAUCCCCAAUGUCCCUGGCUCGUGCAAGGAGACGUUUAAUCUCUACUACUAUGAAACUGAUUCUGUUAUUGCCACGAAAGGCACCGCCUUCUGGAUGGAGGCACCUUACCUCAAGGUGGACACCAUUGCUGCAGAUGAAAGUUUCUCUCAGGUGGACUUUGGGGGACGCCUGAUGAAGGUCAACACAGAAGUGCGGAGCUUCGGUCCAUUGUCUAAAAACGGCUUCUACCUUGCGUUCCAGGACUAUGGCGCCUGUAUGUCUCUGCUGUCAGUCAGGGUCUUCUAUAAGAAGUGCCCGAGUGUGGUCCAGAACUUUGCGAUCUUUCCAGAAACCAUGACAGGGGCUGAAAGCACCUCCCUGGUUAUUGCCAGAGGAAUCUGCAUUCCAAACUCUGAGGAAGUUGAUGUCCCUAUCAAGCUCUACUGCAAUGGGGAUGGAGAGUGGAUGGUUCCUAUUGGUAGCUGCACAUGCAAGGCUGGGUUUGAACCUGACAAUGGCAACGUAUGUCGAGCAUGCCCGCCGGGUACCUUCAAGUCAACCCAGGGUCCAGGUCUGUGUCUACAGUGUCCUCCAAACAGCCGCUCCACAGCUGAGGCCGCCACUAUCUGUGUGUGCCGUAACGGCUACUACCGCGGUGAUGGUGAUCAGCCAGAUGAACCCUGCACCAGUGUCCCAUCCAGCCCGAGAAAUGUGAUCUCCAUCGUGAAUGAAACCUCUGUGAUCCUGGAGUGGCAUUCGCCCAGGGAGACAGGAGGCCGUGAUGACGUUGUGUACAACAUUGUGUGCAAGAAGUGCCAGGCUGACCGUCGCUCCUGCUCCCACUGUGACGACAAUGUGGAGUUUGUCCCUCGACAGCUGGGUCUAACUGAGACCAGGGUGUUUAUCAGCAACCUAUUAGCUCACACCCUCUACAGCUUUGAGAUUCAGGCUGUCAAUGGUGUCAGCAAUAAGAGUCCAUACCCUGCCCAGCAUGUCUCCAUAGACAUUACUACCAACCAGGCUGCUCCCUCCAUAGUUCCCAUCAUGCACCAGAUCAGCUCCACCAUGAAUAGCUUCACACUGUCAUGGCCACAACCUGAACAGCCCAAUGGCAUCAUCCUGGACUAUGAGCUGCGCUACUAUGAGAAGGACCAUGCAGAGAUUAACUCUACCAUCCUACGAAGCCAAACUAACACUGCCCGCGUGGAGAGCCUCAGGCCGGGUACAGUUUACGUCGUACAGGUGCGGGCCCGGACUGUGGCUGGCUUUGGCAAAUACAGCAGCAAGAUGUGCUUCCAAACCCUCACAGAUGAUGACUUCAAGUCUGAGUUGAGGGAACAGCUUCCUCUGAUUGCGGGUUCAGCAGCAGCAGGAGUGGUCUUUAUUGUUUCUCUUGUCGCUAUCUCCAUCAUGUGCAGCAGGAAAAGGGCAUACAACAAGGAGGCGGUGUACAGUGACAAGUUGCAACAUUACAGCACAGGAAGAGAACUCUCUUUGCGAGCCGACAUGUCUAACUGCCCCUCCCCACUGGGCUGCCCGACCCACUUCUCAGGCUCCCCGGGGAUGAAGAUCUACAUAGAUCCCUUUACCUAUGAAGACCCCAACGAAGCUGUACGAGAGUUCGCCAAGGAGAUUGAUGUCUCCACUGUCAAGAUCGAAGAGGUCAUUGGUGCAGGUGAAUUUGGGGAGGUGUACAAAGGACGUUUGAAGCUGCCUGGUAAAAGGGAGAUCUAUGUAGCCAUCAAGACCCUAAAGGCAGGCUACGUGGAAAAGCAGAGGCGAGACUUCCUUUCUGAGGCGUCAAUCAUGGGCCAGUUUGACCACCCAAAUAUCAUCCGUCUGGAGGGUGUAGUAACAAAGAGCCGUCCAGUCAUGAUUGUUACAGAGUUUAUGGAGAAUGGUGCCCUUGACUCAUUCCUCAGGCAAAAUGACGGUCAGUUCACGGUGAUCCAGUUGGUGGGGAUGAUGCGUGGGAUCUCAGCUGGAAUGAAAUAUCUCUCUGAAAUGAACUACGUCCAUCGGGACCUGGCUGCACGAAACAUUCUAGUCAACAGCAACUUGGUGUGUAAAGUGUCUGACUUUGGCCUGUCACGAUACCUACAGGAUGAUACCUCUGAUCCCAGCUACACCAGCUCUCUCGGUGGGAAGAUCCCAGUGAGGUGGACAGCACCAGAGGCCAUCGCUUACAGAAAGUUCACUUCAGCCAGUGACGUGUGGAGCUAUGGCAUCGUCAUGUGGGAAGUAAUGUCAUUUGGAGAGAGGCCUUACUGGGACAUGUCCAACCAGGAUGUAAUUAAUGCUAUUGAACAGGACUACCGUCUGCCACCGCCUAUGGACUGCCCCAGUGCCCUGCACCAGCUGAUGCUGGACUGUUGGCAGAAGGACCGUAAUGUACGACCCCGCUUCACCGACAUCGUCAGCACCCUGGACAAGAUGAUCCGUAACCCCACCAGCCUCAAAGCUGUAGCCAACAUCCCUGCAGUGCCUUCUCAGCCACUGUUGGACAGAUCCAUACCUGACUUCAACACCUUCAGCUCAGUAGAGGACUGGCUCGCUGCCAUCAAGAUGAGCCAGUACAGAGACAACUUCCUCAACUCAGGCUUUACAUCCCUGCAGCUGGUGGCUCAAAUGACCUCAGAGGACUUGCUGCGAAUAGGAGUGACCCUGGCAGGCCACCAGAAGAAGAUCCUCAGUAAUAUCCAGUCCAUGAGGGUUCAGAUAAGCCAGUCACCUACCACUAUGGCAUGACUACAGGGGGCGCUGUGCCACGGAACAGGCAGCAUUCGUAGGACCAAUAACAAUGGGAGCCUUCGAAUGACCCCUGAUCCAUCGGAACGCGCCAGAGUCGAGACUAUCGUCUUAAUCUAAUCCACUACGAUGACAACAGGAGACCAGGGUCUACACUACCACAUGGAUAUCAGCUAUCACACUUCACACAAUCCACGCCAGGAGUUCAGGGUCCAGACUUGAUACUGUUUCUCCAUUUAUCCAUAAGAGGAAGAUAGACAUGAGUUGCUGUGGUUAUACUGACUGCGAUUCAUGUCACUGUAAACCAAAAUAACUCCAACAAUCAGACACUGACACAGGGAAUCUCUCACAAUUACAGACUGUAUGGUAAAAUGAGUGAUAUUGUGCUUCUAUAUUCUCUGGACUUGAAGAUAUUAAAAUUGUAAACAGAAGUGUGAGACAUUUAGAAACAAUGUGUGACCUGUGAUUUAACCGUCGUCAUUGUGUACAAUGAAGAUGCCUUGACCUGGCCAGAAAUAUGUCCCAGAAGAAAAAGCAAUUACCAGUAGGAAUAGUUAAAGGGAGAAGCAUACAGGGAUGUACAGUGGAGCACCAUUUUCGACUUUCACGUCAUCAUUUGCUUGUUUGAAGAAUUUGAAAAAUGUAUCGUAAAUAGACUGGUGAAAAUUCAGAGCUAGUUAUAUUUUUGUCUUAUACCAUCUGUUUGUUUUAUCACUAUAGCAAGAUGCCGCCCACUUGUAUUUUAACUUUAACACUACCUGUGGAGUCCUGGGUGGAAGGCCUUGCCAAAGGACUUCUAAACCAGCCCCACCCAGAUUCUGAUAAUAUAAAUAUGUUUAUCUCUUGCUAAAUAUGAUUAUAUCUUUCAUAAUAAACCUUCAUAUUGAAGGUGGUAAUGUAUGAAUAUGUAUGUACAGAACUCUCUGCUUGCAUUUUUGGCAAAGACAUGUUUGUUGACUAGAUUGUGAUAGACACAAUGUGUAGAUUUCUACUGUGCCCCGGUUCCCUUCGGACAACUGAACAAUGGACACCGGGUUGUACGUCUCCCUGUUCCAGGGGCACAAGGACAAUCCCGACUGAAUCUUAACUUGGAAAACGUUGAAGGAAUUGUGGGUGAAGAACUGGCAUUGUAAAUCACUAUGAAAAUUGCUGUAGGAGUUAAAAUAAUUGACAAAAUAUCCAUAUUAUCAGAGAUCAUGUUUAAUGUGGGUGUACACAUGCUGUCUCUUGCUGGUGAGCACUUACUUGUACAGAUAUGUUUUAUGUUUUUAUUUCUUUUUGUUCUGUUGUUGUUUGUGUUGGGACUUCUCAGCACCAUCCAGAGGAAGGAAACCCCACACCUUGGCUGGCCCACAUCCAUGACUGUGGACUUGUAGAUUUACACGCACAUAUAAACCAACAUACACACUGCACUUCAUGCUCACACAUUCACUUGCACAAAUACGUAUGCACACACACACACACACACACACACACACACAGAUAGUGAAUGCUGUGGGCAGCCAUUGAGGAGAAAGACCUGGUGAAAUGGAACCGUAACAGGAUACCACCCACAACCUCCCCUGUGGUACACAAUGGAUGGUGGAGCUGAAUAUGAGUGUGCACAUGUCAUAGUUUAUUUGUGUGUGUGUGUGUGUGUGUGUGUAUACGUAUGUGUGUGUGUAAGAGAGAGAGAGAGAGAGAAUAUAUGUGCAUAGCAGGCACAUUUAUGUGUACAGACAUUCAUUUGUGCACAGGUACAUUGUUUAAGCGUGUGAACAUUUUCCUUUUUUUGUUUGUUUCUGUAUAGCUAUCACUUGUAAAUUGUGAUGAGUACGUGUCAAGAGUUUGUAAGCUGUAACUUUCUGAGAACUAUUGUACUAAAAUGCACUCAAUAAAAGCCUUGGAAAACAAGUCAAUCACUUUAUGGUCUGU